GCACCUCCUCCCAUACUCUCCACAUUACUGGGUGGAAAAAACACACAUACAUACGAACGUGAAAAUUAACAGCUGGAUAUUGAACUUCUGGACUUGACAGCAGACAGCAAUGUCGACACUGUCUUUUGAGUCCCUCUGCUUAAAAGAUGACGAUUGCCCAUCCCCAACUCAACCCCACGGCAUGGAGUAUGAGUUUGACACAGACUUGGAGUCGGAUGAAAAAGAAGAGAGCAAAAAGGAGACGUCUACAGCUGAAGUGUACCUCCAGGCCUGCAAGAUGGUGGGUGUGGUGCCAGUAUCCUACUUUAUACGAAACCUUGACUCAACAACCAUGACCCUCAGCCACCAUGGGCUAGGACCUCUGGGGUGCAAGGCACUUGCUAUUGCUUUAGUGUCUGAUAUGCAUAUCAACACACUGGAACUGGCAGACAAUCACAUUCAAGCCGAAGGGGCCAAAUACGUUGUGGAGAUGUUGAGGGCUAAUUUCACCAUUCAGCACCUGGAUUUAUCCAACAACUAUCUGCAGUCUGCAGGAGCUGAAUAUGUGGCUAAAAUAUUACUGGACAACAUUUCAUUAAAAUCUAUGAAACUUUCAGGAAAUGGCUUUAGUGAUGGUGAUGCUAAAUAUUUUGCAGAUUCCUUGUCUACCAAUUCCAGAAUAAAGGAACUAUACCUGAGCCAUAAUGAGUUUUGUGGAAAAGGAGGGGAACAUUUGGGACAACUGUUGGCAAGCAAUGAGGGUCUUGAGGUGCUGGAUCUUAGCUGGAACCAUCUGAGAAUGAAAGGGGCUGUGGCUUUUUGUGCAGGACUCAAGGUGAAUACGAUGUUAAAAUACCUUGACUUAUCAUGGAAUGGUUUUGGGAAUGAGGGCGCCCUGGCCAUGGGGGAGGCCUUAAAAUUCAACAACACCCUGGUGCACCUCAACCUCAACAACAACCGCCUCACCAAUGAGGGCGUCGGCAUGCUGUGCCGGGGUCUUGAGUUCAAUGAUACACUCCGAGUCCUGCUGCUGGCUUACAACUCUUUAACAGUAGAGGGAGCACUGGCCCUGGUUAAUGUGGUGAAGAACACACCUAAAACUGCUUUGGAGGAGAUCAACAUAUGUAAUGUGCUGGUAAAUGAGACCUUUGUGCAUAUGCUGGAGAUGACAUGUCAAGAGCAUCCCGGUCUGGACGUACAGUAUGGAGGUGUAGGAGGCUUCGUUGCUAAGAAGCCACCAAAACGUGUGGAUCCAAUGAAAGUCAUCCAGGAUUAUUUGGAUCAACGCAAGCUACGCCUGUGGGACUUCUUCCGGAACAUUGACAAAGAUGGAACCAUGCAAGUCCCUGUUGCUGACUUCAGGAAGGCGGUGCAGCAAUCGAGUAUUCCUUUGGAUCGAUACCAGAUCGAAGAGCUGAUUCAGAGACUUGACCGUGACGGGACAGGAAUGGUAGACUACAGGGGACUGGCAGAUACAAGGAAACAGAUGAUGAGGGAUCACCGCCGCCAGCUGAGGAAGGUUGAGUCCCGUCAGAAGAAAGAGAAGCAGAAGAGUGACCGCAUCCUAAAGACCUUCCAGAGCGCUGUGGAGGCAGUAACGCCUCGCAGCUCCAUGGUCAUCUCUCCAGGAGGUGCAAAAGAGGAUUCAAGUGGCCCUCAGCACUUCUCUGCCACCCCUCUAAGUUCUUGGCACCACAUUGUCAUGUCCAACAGCAGUCGCUAUUCUGUCACUAAUCUGAGCAAUGAGCACGUCCACCUACCCAUGUUAGGAGGCACCACGCCUUACCGACCCAGCAGUUCCCCAGCAAUGCGUUCCUACUCCCAGCCAAACCUGCUGGAUGAUUCCCCUUGCUCUGCUCCUGGCAACUCCAACUCCGCCCAGGGUUCACGCUCCGAUCCAGAGAUGGCUCACAGCAAGCUAAGCCCCACUGCUAACCACCUGACCUUAUCCAGGCCUUAUCUUAAUGCCAAGCAGUCAGAGGUUAAAGCUAAAGCCAAAUUCAAGAAAGUAAAGAAAAAGAAAACGAUGAAAAAUGUGGAUAAAGACUCAAAGAAUCCUACAAAAACUGUCAAAUGACUGUCAAAAUGUAUAAUGCUAUGAA